AUGGAAGUGUCGGAAGCACACAACCCUACAGCGUUAUUCUUUGCUGGAACCAGACCAAAGCCGAAACAACCCAGCCACAGGCAUAGAAACGAUCAUUACAAGAAAAAUGACAAAAAAGUGUGCCCCUUCUGUAAAGAUGAACAUUCUCCAAACGAAUGCACAAAGGUCACAUCAUACGAGUCACGCAUUGCUAUAGUGAAAAAGGAACAUCUGUGUUUUAACUGUUUACGGAAACAUCAAGUAUCGUCGUGCCGUUCCACAAAUAGAUGUCGUCACUGUCAGCGCAAACAUCAUUCUAGUAUAUGUGAUAAACAUUUCAAGCAAUCUUCAUUAAAUCCCGACGCUGCAAGUUUCACAGUACCAGCUACCUCCGACGUCGUAUCCCAACCCGAUACAGCAACUCUACACUCAACAAUUGAUUCCAGACCGGAUAUACUACUCAAGACAGCUGUUGCCCAGGUAUGUACUUCCAGUGUUUCUAUAGAGACAAACAUUCUUUUUGAUGAGGGAGCUCAGCGUUCCUUUAUUACUGAAGCGUUGGCAGAAAAGUUACAUCUUCCCCAGACCGGAAGUGAGGUAGUACAUUUAGCGUCUUUCGGCGAUACCAGCCAGCGAGUUCGAAACAUGACCAAGGGAACUAUUUCUCUUAUUACAGACGAUAAAGAAAAAAUAGACAUAGAAGUGUUGAUUGUUCCAAAAAUAGCCGUUCCGUUACGCAAUGUGAAUCAGAACAUUUCAUCUUUACCAUAUUUACGCGGUUUGAAACUUGCUCAUCCAGUUACAAAUGACAAAGAAUUUGAGAUAUCGUUGCUGAUUGGUGCAGAUUCAUACUGGAAAAUUGUUCAAGAUAGAGUGUUCCGAGGGAACGGUCCAACUGCGGUACAGUCAAGAAUUGGAUAUCUUCUGUCAGGUCCGCUUCCAGUAUCCACAUACAAGCAACUUCCGGUUUCCGCACAAGGAAGACCCACACAUCACAUGCUUAACGUUCUUACGUCACCAACAGACCCCUCAAAACUACCUUGGAAGGAUGAUCAUGAAACUUUGCCCACUAAUUAUGACAUAACGAGGAAACGUACUGAAAACGUCAUCAAGCGUCUACGUCAAGACCCACAAAUCUUACAGAAAUAUGGAGACAUUAUCAAAGAUCAGGAGACGAGAGGUUUUAUUGAGAAGGUUGAUGAAACUAUUGUACCACAACACCAGAUACACUACAUCCCGCACCACGGAGUUAAGAAAGAUUCUGUUACUACACCGAUACGCAUAGUAUAUGACUGUAGUUGUCGUCAGUCACAUGGUCAGCCCAGUCUUAAUGAUUGUUUAAAAUCGACCCCUCCUGAACUCAAUGACAUUACCCACAUCUUGAUGCGUUUCCGGUUAUACAAAUACGCCGUAUCUUCCGACAUAGAAAAAGCCUUUCUCCAGAUACAAUUAGCAGAAGAAGACAGAGAUGUCACGAGGUUUUUAUGGCUGAGCGAUCCCAAUGAUCCCGACAGUACUUUGAUCACAUACAGGUUUAAGGCAGUUCUUUUCGGCGCAACAUGUUCCCCAUUUAUUCUAAAUUCGACACUCUUGAAACAUCUAGAAAGCCACAGUGAUGUAUGGGUCAGUAACAUUUUGAAACGAGACUUGUAUGUAGAUAACAUCCUUUCAAGUUUUGAAGAUGAGAACCAGACGCUUGCUUACUUCCAGGAUGCGCGCGUUCUGCUGUCGUCUGCUAACUUCAAUCUACGCUCAUGGAAUUCUAACAGCCAACGUCUACGAAACUUAGCCGCAACAAACGAUGUUUUAGACACAGACAAUAUCACAAAGAUACUUGGUAUGCGAUGGAAUGCAGAAACAGAUAUGCUGAUGUUUCAAACAACACAUAUACCAAUCAGAGCCAUUACAACAAAACGUGAAAUUUUACGACAAACGUCAAGAUUGUAUGAUCCGCUAGGUCUGCUUAGUCCGGUUACAGUACGUGCUAAAAUUAUGUUACAACACAUUUGGCAAGAGAAAUUCGACUGGGAUACUCAGUUACCAGCUGACAUACAACAUAGAUGGGAAAACCUUGUGAAUGACUUGAAUACCAUAUCCACAACUAAAUACAGACGAUAUUACUUUGAAAUCCCUGCCGCAGACGAGAAAUCCCAGAAAGGAGCAGACACUUUACCCCUCACCCUACAUGUUUUCGUAGACGCAAGCCAGUCUUCAUAUGGUGCUGCAGCAUACCUCUGCAAGGGACAACAAUCAUCACUUAUCAUGUCAAAGAACCGUGUAGCACCACUUAAUAAAACUUACGUUACCACGACUAGAACUAAUGGCAGCUACACUAAGCAAUAUGCAGAGAACGAAAGUUGGCUGAAUGGACCACCGUGGAUCAACGACCCUUCAAAUUGGCCUACAUGGAGUACGAAUGAAGCUUCAGUACUCGCAACUUUGCACGACACUUCCGGUGCUAAUCCCACGACUAUACCUAUGGAACCAGCGUUUACCUCCGGCAUUCAUCAAGUUAUUGAUAUCAACAGAUUCAGCACAUACCAGACGCUAUUACGUGUAACAGCAUACGUCAUGAGAUUUAUACAUAACUGUAGACAUUCUAGCAGACGACUUGAACCCUUGUCCUACAGUGAACUUACACAUGCAGAGAGAACAUGGCUUUUAAACUGUCAAACCAUUACUUACCAGGAAGAAAUCAUCAACAUGAGAUCCAGUAAAUCACGCUCAGAACUUGUCAAGCAACUAAGAUUAUUCAUCGACAAUGAUGGUGGAGUCCGCUGUGGAAGAGUGUUACAUGCGGGCGUUGAUUCUACUAUCACUUACAUCCGCCAGAAGUUCUGGAUCCCAGCCAUUCGUCAAUGUGUAAAGACGAUCAUUCGAAAAUGUGUCACGUGCAGAAAGGUAACUGGGAAGUCAUAUGCAUCCCCUGAUCCACCUCCCUUACCCAGAUGUAGAGUAGAAGAUACAGUACCGUUCACAGUAACAGGUGUCGACUUCACAGGCGCACUGUACGUCAGAAGUAAGAAUGAAACUGAAGAAAAGGCAUAUAUUUGUUUAUUUACAUGUGCAUCCACACGAGCGGUUCACUUAGAAGUCGUCCGAGAUUUAUCCGAAGAAUCCUUUCUUCAAGCAUUUAGGAGAUUCACCAGCCGGAAAUCUCUACCACACGUCAUGAUCUCCGACAACGCUUCAACAUUCAUGGCUGCUUCUAACCAUAUAAGACGUCUGUUCGAGUCGCGGAAAGUACAAGAUGCCCUUACCAGUCAAGGUACCACGUGGAAGUUCAUACCCAAGCGCGCUCCAUGGUUUGGCGGCUGGUGGGAGAGAUUAAUCGGGCUCACCAAGACAGCACUGAAGAAGACUCUUGGUCGUUCUUACGUUAACUUCGACAUGCUACAGACGGUAGUUACCGAAAUAGAAGCUGUUUUGAAUGACCGGCCACUAACGUACGUCUCUUCCGGUAUGAAUCCAGAACCACUCACACCAGCACAUCUUCUAUAUGGCAGACGCAUUAUAACAUUACCAUAUCACGACCCUAAAGAUGAAACAGUCCCAAGUUCAAUCCUUGGUGGACACCGUAACAUUAAUAAACAAGCCAAGAUCCAGAUAAAACUGAUAAACAACUUCCGGAAACGAUGGAGACACGAAUAUCUUACUGCUAUCCGAGAGCAACAUCGUACAUCAGGGCGGAACAAACAAUCCAUAGUGGUAGGCGACGUUGUACAAGUUCAUGAUGAAGUUCCACGUGCACAAUGGAAGUUGGCAGUCAUAGAAGAACUCGUGCCCGGUAGAGAUGGACUGGUUCGGUCAGCAAAAAUUAGAACAGACAAUGGUACUACUAAUAGACCAAUAGUAAAACUCUACCCUUUGGAAGUUACAGAACUGUAG